AUGUGUGAACUUACGUUGCAAAGCUCAUUUAUUAUUGAUGAAUCUCAUAAUAUAAAUUAUAAUUUUCAGGAACCAUCCUUCGCUGUAUCUCCUGGAAAUUAUCAUCGUUUUCGAGUCGUUGGAGCCAUGGAAGAAACUGUCCUUCGUGUUUCUAUCGACAGUCAUAAAUUGUUUGUGGUUGCUACGGACGGAUAUCUUACAGAAUUUGAAACUGACAUUGUGCAUGUGCAUGCGGGCGAGCGUUACGACUUUAUUUUGAAGGCACGUGACGAUGUUCCUUUGGGAACUGUUUAUCCAAUUAGAAUCGAGUCUGUCGAUGUGCAUUGCGAAAACCACAGCCAACCUUCACGCUUUGGCUUUGCAUAUCUGAAAUACUCCACUUCAGGAACAGACACGACUGGAAAGGUACCAAAGGAUUCAAAACAGUGUAUUAAAGGUUGCAUAGCAUUGAAUUGUCCUUUCGCUUUUUAUCCGGCGGCUCAUGAAAAUAUUACAAACGCUCCAUCUUAUAAAUGCAACGACGUGUACCAUCCUCUUAGUUUUCUCGAUCCAACUCCGGACGACGAGCUUUCCGAGGAUACAACGCCAGCAAGCACGAAGUUUUUCAACCAUGCUUUCAACACUACUGUUCCUAAUGAAGUUGCAGCAAGGGUUAAUAACAUUCGAUUUACGUUCCCCAAUACUCCCUUUCCCGUGAUCAUGAGUGGAAAAAAUCCUGUAAAAGAUGAAUGUCCUUAUCGGACGACUACGGACUGUAGAAGAUGCCCACACACAGAUUCUGUGCAUAAAGAACACAAGUCGAAACCAAUAGAAUUUGUGCUCUCCUCACUUCCGCGAGACGAUAGAACUCAGCUAAUCACAAAGCUCGGAACACAUCCCAUUCAUCUGCACGACCGAUCAUUUUGGGUGAAAGAAAUUGCCUAUCCAGAAUAUUCUGAUGAAGGAAUUAUUCAGAAAGUAAAUGAUGAUGUUGACGUACCAGCGUGUGGUUUUGGAAAGUGGAGGAACGGAAGACCAUCUGCAAUCAAACCAGUGAACAAAACAUCAAUCCGGAAAGACACAAUUAUCGUCCCAGCUAGUGGUUAUGUUGCCAUUGAGUUCGUGGCACAUAAUCCAGGAUCGUGGUUAAUGCAUUGCCAUACUGACCAUCAUCUGAUAUUAGGAAUGGGACUUGUCAUAAAAGAAUUGCCAGAAUGUGCAAAUCCUCCUCCACCACAAUUUAUGAAACCAACUAAGGAAGUUCGCAUCAGCGUUGACGACUUUCUUGAAAGAGAGGGCAAUCAUGUAUGUCCAGCAAACCACUUGAUUGCAGCUGACGAAGUACAACUACCGAACGAAUUUGAAAAUGACAAAUUUGAAUAUUUCAACAGCUUUAACCACAACGAUAACGAUGAAUCUGCAUACCGCAAACUGAAGAAAUCUCUGGAUUACGAAGAAGAACAGCAGAACGUACCCAAGAAUCAAUUUACGUGCAUUUCAAAACGGCAAGCCUUUGGAUAG